CCUCGCUUGCAGUUUCCCCUCCUCUUCUUUCUUGAGGUCGCGGCGCCCUCUUCGUCUUCCUUGCGACUGGCUUCCCCUCCUCGUCUUCCUCGCGGCUGUGGCACCAUUCUCUUCUUCCUCGCGACCAGCGCCCCUCCCUCUUCUUCCUCGCGACCAGCGCCCCUCCCUCUUCUUCCUCGCGACUAGCACCCCCCUCCUCUUCUUCCUCACGGCCGCGACCCCCUCCUCUUCUUCCUGCCGGCCGCAGCAGCUUCUUUGUGAGCUGGAUCUUGUCGGAGCGGUUGCUCGACGGGGCGCCGCCAGCGGGCGGCGGGCCGGAGGAAAACCCUGUGCGCAGGCGGCAUGGAGAGCCGUUGUGCUUGCCUUGGAGUAGUGGCCAUCUGCCAUGCCGGAACAAAUGCCAAUCCCAUGCUUGUGUACAUCCAAACAGGAAGCAAAUUUGUCUGUUUUCUAGGAUUCCAAAAGCCAAUUGAAUGGUCAUCCAAACAACUGAAUUUGAAUCAUGCCUCAUUUCAAUAUCAUGCCCUUCAAUAUCGACAUUACCUGGUGGGUGACUUGUAGUAAUAAUAAAUUUUUUGAGUUCAAAUUGAACCCUUGUGCUCCCGCAUUAUGUCCUUCUUUGUGUAGUAAUUAUGUAGAUCAUAAAAUGUUUUUCCGCAAUUUCACAUUUGAUGUGAGUGCCAUUAGAACAAAAUUGGAACUUAAAGGAACUAAACUUUGUUUUCUUCUCGUGUAGCUAGCUUACUGCGCUUUCGGACAGGUUUCCUUCCCCUUAAAAGAUGCACUUCUGAUAAAGGCUCACUAACACAUUAAAUAGUUCGAGAUGCAUAUUUUUGUGUGAAUUGUGGUAUGACGUCCCUUGCUAGAUGGCAGUUUAUAUCAUGCUAUUAUACAAUUAAGAUUUUUUUUUGAAGCAUGGAUUGAUGUACUGUAUAUAUUGUGCAGUAUUCAAGUAUUAGGAAUUGUGCCCAUGUUUGUCCAAUAAGCUGUGUGUAAGAACAAAAUUUUCAGAAUUCAUUUAGUGUUUGUAUGAAGUCAUUCCACUAUUGUAGUGCCCAAUAUGUCAUUAAGAUCAUAAUAUGGUACUUGUUAAUCAAUGUCUCACAAGGAUUUGUUAUACCAGGAACUGAUGCUGAUUAUUGUUUAUGUUCGUAUCAUGGUGUUCCUCCUCCUCUUAUUAUCUUAUAUGUGUGCUCUCUGUCCUUGUAUAACUGUCCUUUGUUUGGGUUCCGUAUUAUUCUAUACCCUAUACAUUUCUCAGCGGAUUAUUUGAACUUGCAGCCUUGAUAAGCUUUCAUCUUUUAUUAGUUGUGGAUGAAUGGAGUUUUGAGUUUUGACUUGUCUCAGGCAUAUAGCCUUUUUUUCUCUUCUCUCCACUCUAGGUUCUGCUAACAUAAUAGCAAAAACCAGAAUAUCUGCUUUCUGGUCCAACGAUUGACAACCCUGGCUGUAGCAGCAUCCCUUCUGGCCAUCUCCUGCCAGAGCCUCCUCUCUAGAUGCUUGCAUUGCAUUUCCAUCCAGAAAAUGUGGUUCCCCUUGAGGCCUUGCAGUGCAUCCACAACUUGAGCUUUCUUGCGAUAAGUAUUCUAACUAAUACAGAUCUGUACUUAAUAUGAUUAUUCUUUUAUAUUGUCAUGUUUCUGGAUGGAACAUAAGCUAUAUCAGUGGUCUUAGUCCCAGGCCUCAAUGGGAAGGAGGGAGUUCUGUAUAGAGUGUGGCCCAAACAUGAAGGGUUAAAACUUAAAAGGAACAUUCUCAUUGCAGAUACUAAAGUAUGGCAUCAAGACGCAAUGUUCGUUACACACCUCUGCCUGUAGAGGAUGGGGAGUACAACAAUCUUACUAAAGAAGAUGUUGAUCUUCGGUUCGCUUACACUCCAAAAUCCUACAGGAGGAUCCCCUGGAAGUCAAUUGCCCUGGCAUUGUUCCUCCUACUCCUUGGAUCUUCACUUCUCUUCCUUUCAUACUUCAUAUUCACAGGUCACAUGGAGGGUGAUAGUUCUCAGGCAUAUGGUCUCUUAUUCCUGGGCUUCCUUGCCUUCCUUCCUGGCUUUUACGAAACUCGAGUUGCUUACUAUUCGUGGCGAGGAGCACCAGGGUACACCUUUGCAUCCAUACCAGAUUAUUAGCCUCUCAGUUCUUGCCGCCAUUGGUGCAGUUAAGCGGCAAGCAAGCGGCCUGGAACUUCACUGGGAACCAAUUUGAGCGAGCAUGUAGAUGUAGCGAUUCUGCUCAUUGUUGUGUUAAUAUAGUACUGUAUUACUCCAUCGGCCCACGAAAGAAUAAUCCUUGUUCUAUUGUAAAGCGCAAACGCUGAUUUUGCAGUUGAUAUUUUCUAUGCCCACUGCUGUUGCACAGCUACAUCAGGAACAUGUUGUAAGUCCAGUAUGUGCUUAUCUGACAUGCAUUGGUCGCAUUUGGGACUUUAAUUCGUUUGAGCUUGUUGAAGAGAGAAGCAUAUAUAUACUAUACUA